GGUGGAGAAACAAGUAUAUAAAUUGUUUUGCUGGCUGCUGGCAAGUGAGGAAAACGUCACUGAUUUUCAAAUUGGUAUUCACUGUGUUUGUGCAGCAUGUCGUGAUGGGAUCGCGCGAUGAUCGGCGAACAUUCGCGUGGUGUUCGGGUGGAUUUUGUACAGUGUGAUCGCGCAACGGAGCUGAAAGUCAGUUGAAUUCGCUGUGCGAUUGUCAUUUGUGGUUAGUCAAUGUUGAUCAAUACGGUGGAAUAGAAGUGGAGACGUGCUUUCUCGAGCGAUUUUGCCAGGAGAGGAGAGAGAGAAAGAGAAGAGAUUUGUGAGACAAAGAAGUGGUUAAAUAGGAGUGGAAUUUUGUGAUCAACUUCUAUAUGGAGUUCUGUGGAUAAAAGAAAGAGAGAGAGAGAGAGCGAUCAAGAUCACAAGGCGCUGGGUAGAGUUUUUAUUUGAAGGAAAAUUCAUAUCGACAGUGCAUUUAUCCUCCCAUUAAUGCUCACAAGUUUGUAGCUGUAUCAUCACCCAGCAUAUCGUCAAUUGAGCACAAAAUUAGUGAACCAGGAAGUGCAGAGAGAGGCCAUUAUGUCUACGCUUAUGUUUUGGAACAAACAGAAUGGUGCUAAUCAGAAUGGGGGUGAUGCAAAGUCCGGCAAGAGAAACUGGCUCCACGCUCCGGAUGUUCUUGUCAAUGGUCACGUUGCCUAUCUAGUCAAAUUCCUGGGAAGCUGUCCUGUGGAGCAGGCGAAGGGGAUUGAGGUGGUGAAGGAUGCUAUCAGGCGUCUGCAGUUUGCGCAGCAGAUGAAGAAGGCGGAAGGUGGGACUAAUGUGAAGGCGAAGAAGCUGGAGAUCACGGUGAGCAUAGACGGCGUGGCGAUUCAGGAGCCGCGCACACAAACUAUCCUGCAUCAGUUCCCGCUGUACAAGAUCUCCUACUGUGCUGACGAGAAGGGUGUGAAGAAGUUCUUCAGCUUCAUCGCCAAAACGGGUGGCGUUGCGAAUGGGGAGACAACACCGAGUGAGGAGGGACAUGAGUGCUUCGUGUUCAUCUCCAGCAAGUCUGCAUCGGAUAUCACACUCACCAUUGGUCAGGCCUUCGACUUGGCGUACAGACGGUACAUGAAUGAGAAUGGCAAAUUUACGGAGAUGACAAAGCUGCAGUCGCAGAACAAGCAUUUGGACCGAACGGUGACACUGUAUCGGCAGCGACUGAAGGAAUUGGUGGAGAUUUUGCCUAAGAGCGAUCUGGAUCGACUGCUUGUGCGUCUGGGUUUGAAGGAUAUACUGGAGGUGCCGGUAAUGGAGAACGGCAUCGAUAAUCACACGGCAGCGAUAAAUGGCAAGAAGACACCAGAUUUGGGCAUUGACGUCUCGGCGCCAUGUAACGAUGAUCAGCUGCUGAUUGAGACGUCGCCUAAGCACUUUGCUCCAAUAGUCCCGCCACGAAAUCUGCAGACACAGAUCAACAACACGCUGGAGGCGCUGAAACCCAGCGUGGGCACAAAAUUGGAGGGAUUGCUGCUGAAUAGCGACUCGGACAGUGACUUCGAUCCGCGCGCAUGCGAAAGCGAAACGCCUAAUGGGCACAAGAUUGCCAAUGAUCUAUUUGGGUUCGAACCACCCAAGACGAUGGGUCAGCAAUUGUUUGCCAGCAGUGUCAAUAAUGGCACAAAUCACACCAACGGCAUAAACGGGAGUGCCGGGAUGCAGGCCAUCACGCCGCCACUCUUGGCUCCGCCACCAAAAACCACCGUGCCGCGCCGAAGCGGUCCGGCUCAAGGGCUCACAAACUCCAGUCAAGAUUUAUUCGGAUCGGCGCCCUUCAAUCCCCAUCCGGUGGCUUUUGAUACUUCAAACAAGGGCCUAGCGUUUGGGGUUGACGACUUUACGCUGGAAAGUUUAGAUCCCCUCCGGAAGUGAAGUGUGUGGAGGCUGAGCCAAUUUAGAGCGAUUAUGUCAUAGAAUUGAUGAGAGAUAGACAAUAAGAGGAUAACAUGCGACGUAUUGUUUCUUCAAUGUGGCAAUUUGUAAAGAUUUUUUCAUGUCUUAUUUAGUUUUUAUUGUCUCUGAAUAUUCAGAAAAGAUGAACAGCAUUCUGCAUAGGGAAGUUCUUAUCGAAAGCUAGCUUUAAAGAAUCAAGAAACAGAGAGAAAGACAUUCCAAAAUGAGAAAAAAAACAACAAGAAUGCCCCAGAGAGAAAACUAAGAGUAUCAAAGAACGUGAUAAAAAGAGUUGAAACCCCCUCCCAAAUCGCUUCCCAGCGUGUGUAAAUAUUUUGUACCUUGGCAGAGAACGAAAGAGAGAAAAUGAAGAAUUUAUGUUAUGUAUUGGUGCUUCCAAGUCUUGUUGAGGGUGGACACAAAAGUGAUGAUCUACUUUAUUCUAUUAUUGUAAUAUUUUUUGUUCUUGUUACUCCGAACAACACUGUGUGUCUCCCAUUUAUUAUUGCUAUUAUUGCUACACAUUAAUUGUUUACUGAAAAAAUUAGGAAAUUUACAAUAAAAUUGAGAAUACAAGGAGAUAAGAGAAAGCGUAAUUUAUGUAAAUUGUAAAGAUACAUAAUUUCGAGAGAGAUAGAGAAAGAGAGGAGUUAGGCAUAGACCACGAUAUCGAUCGAUUUAUAAAUAUUAACAUAUGCAUACCACUUACAUAUCCCUUCUACUUUAUAUUAUAAUAAAUAUUGUAUCAAAAUA